UAGGUUAAAAAAUAUGUUUUAUAACAUAGGUCUUAAGCAUGAUGUAUGUAUGAAGUUAACCCUCUGCAAGCCUCACAAGUCCCCGGGUAAAAAAUAAUUGACUAAGGCCCUGAGGUCAGAGGUUAUAAUUACUGGAGCGUUACGCCGUCAGCGCGAUGGCUUCUCGAGGAAAGGAGACUUUUUCACAGUCGACCCAGUGGCCGAAGGUAGUGCUUUUCGGCGAUUCCAUAACACAGCUCAGUUUCUCAAAUGAUGGAUGCUGGGGAAGCAUGCUAGCAGAUCUUUUACAAAGGAAGUGUGACGUCAUCAAUAGAGGAUAUUCUGGUUACAAUGCCAGGUGGUGUGUAAAAAUGAUAUCAAAAGUAUUUGAAGAAUUUGCAAGUCGUGAUGUAGCCAUGGUUACCAUUUUCCUUGGUGCCAAUGAUUCCAAUUUACCUGCCAACAGUCAUCAACAUGUGCCAGCAGAGGAGUACAAGACACAUCUUAUUAACAUGGUGGAGAAGCUACAGAUGUUGGGAAUACCCAGAGAAAAGAUAAUAUUGGUCACACCUCCUGCCUGUGAUGUUAUCGCUUGGGAAGCAGAUUGCGUUGUCAAUGGUCGUCAGUGUCAGAAGUGUAACAAAGCUGCAGGGCAGUAUGCAAAUUUGUGUAAAGAGGCAUCCAUUGAAGCAGGCACAGGAUGUAUUGAUUUAUACACUGAGAUGAUGAAAGUUAAGGAUUGGGAGAAACUGCUGAAAGACGGUCUUCAUUUGUCAACUAAAGGAUCAGCACUGCUCUUCCAGUUACUCAAGCCUUUUGUUUUGAAAGUAACCUCAGGAAUUUAAACCCAAUUUCCAGACUGGAAAGAUGUGGACAUUGCUAAUCCAGAUGCAUCUUUGUUUUAAAGAACAAGGGGAAUCUUUCAAUGGAAAUGUACUGCACAUUACUUAUUUCCAUUGUUUCAUGUGAAACUAUUUAUGGUGAGACUUUGAAAUCACAAAAGUGAAAUUUAAAGGACAAUCAAGCAUUGUUUUAUUUUUUAAUAAUUUUGAUAUGUUUGAUUGUCCAUCCAAGUUUAAAUGUGAAAACAUAACUUUUGUUAUAUUUGGCGCAUCAAAAUAAAAUUGUGAGGAAAGUAUCGGUAUAGGACGUGCUAUUGUCAACAAAAUGGCCACCACAAAUUUUUGUAUUUUUGGGAAUUUCAAAUUUCUAAAUGUGUUCGCUAAAGAUAGCCAAUGUCACCUAUCCUAUUUUACAUGUUUUAUAGGUAUUUUCCAAUGAAUUCCAAAUUUGGCAUGUAGGUGUAUGAUGGUACCGCAAACUCAACCAUGACAUCAGUUUUCUAAUUAGACAAAAUGACUGCCAUUUAUUGGUUACUGAUUGGUCGAAACUCCGUUAUUUGUUCGAUUUCGUUCAAAUAGUAUGUAUGUGUAGUAUGGCAAUGCAAACUCAACUGCGACAUUUGUUUUCUAAUUUGAUAUAGCCGCCAUAAACUGGCUUCUGAUUGUUGGAAAUUUAGAUAUUGUUGGAUUUUUGUGAAAUUUGGUUUACCUGGGUAUAAGGGGACUGCGAAUUCAAUCGCAUAGGUAAUGUUGCCAUAUCAUACACACAGAGGCUUCUAAUUGGUCGCAAUUUAGAAAAUGUUCGAUUUCACUCAAAUUUAGUAUGUAGGUGUAUAUGCUGUAUCUUUGCGACUAUGGGAUAUUUAUUGUUUGAUUUGGAUAAAAAAAAUGGUACAUCGGGGUAUUAGGGGAUUGCAAAUUAAAUCGUAUAGGAUUCGUUGCCUUAGUAACUAUAUAGCAACCACACGAAGACUUCUGAUUGGUCGAAAUUUAGAUAUUGUUUUAUUUUUAUGAAACUUGAUAUAUAGGGGUAUUAUGGGAUUGCAAAUUCAACUGCGUAAGUUUCGUUACCAUACUAACAAUAUAGAGGCUCCAGAUUGGUCGAAAUUCAGAUAUUGUUGAUUUCUCUAAAAUUUAGUAUGAAGGUGUUUUAUGCCAUUGUGAUCCUUUUCUGAUGCGUCUUUGCGACUAUGGGGGCAGUUUUGGGGACUUCUGUGAUGAUCCCUCAUUACAAUUAGUACUUGUUACAUAAUUAUAUUCCAGUUUUAGAAUAUGUCUAACCAGUAUCUAUAUUUCACUAGUGGAAAUAUAUUCAAAACGAGACAACAUUUACACAGGUGCAAGAAAUAAAUAAUGUAAUAAU